CAUGUGCCACAGUGCCUGGCUUCACACUAUUUCUAAAUAGUUGCUUUUUACCUUUUCUUCUCAGGGAUGUCAAUGUUAGCUACUACAGUUGGUCUUUACAUUAUUCCUUUGUGCAAGAGAGCAGUAUCACUGAUAGUCAUGAUGUCUGUCCUUGGCACUUCAAUAGGUAUUCUGGAUACAGGUGGUAACAUCCUCAUUUUGGCUCUUUGGGGGGACAAAGGAGCCCCACACAUGCAGUCAUUACACUUUGGUUUCGCCUUGGGUGCUUUUCUGGCUCCACUUCUGGCUAAAUUGGCACUGGGUACCUCAGUGUCUGCUGAAAACCACACAGAGCCUGCCUUUCAGUCUCCAGCCACCAACGGAUCAUCUGAAGCUGACUCAGCCCCUCUCUUUGGAUUGCCUGAUGACAUGAAUCUAUUCUGGGCUUAUGCUUUUAUAGGUGCUUAUAUUUUCAUAGUGUCUGUCUUCAUUUUUGCUCUGUUUUUUAAGAAAAGCUCAAGGCAGGAAAGAGCAAAAGUAUCUGCUCAGGCAUAUCGAAGAGCUGAAUAUCACAAGACCCUUCUCUGCCUCCUUUUCGUGUUCUUCUUUUUUUAUGUUGGAGCAGAGAUAACUUAUGGCUCCUAUAUUUUCUCCUUUGCCACCACCUAUGCUGGCAUGGAAGAAAGUGAAGCAGCUGGGUUGAACUCCAUCUUCUGGGGGACCUUUGCAGCCUGCAGAGGCCUGGCGAUCUUCUUUGCUGCAUGCCUACAGCCAGGCACCAUGAUUGUGUUGAGCAACAUUGGCAGCCUGGCUUCAUCUUUAUUUCUGGUGCUUUUCAACAAGAAUCCACUCUGUCUCUGGAUUGCCACUUCAGUGUAUGGGGCCUCAAUGGCAACCACGUUUCCCAGCGGUAUUUCCUGGAUUGAGCAGUACACAACCAUAAGUGGGAAAUCAGCAGCCUUUUUGGUAAUUGGUGCAGCCCUGGGAGACAUGGCUAUUCCUGCAAUAAUUGGAGUUGUUGAAGGACAAUAUCCAGACUUGCCUAUUGUUCUGUAUUCCUGUUUAGGGUCAGCGAUAUUCACUGCUGUUAUAUUUCCUGUGCUGUAUAAAUUAGCCACCUUGCCUCUGGAUCGCCAGCGAAAAGCUAACAGAAAGAGUGAGGACAAGAAAGCUGUGCCCUAUAGUUCUAGGCUAUAAAAAUAGAAUGAAGAGGGGGAUGCAUAACAAUGGAAUGAAAUGAAUUUUGAAGUGUUUUGGAAUGAAUGACACAAUGAGUCAUCCUUUAAAAGAGAUGUGGAAAUAUUUUGUUACAGCCCGCAGUCAGUCUCCAAUGUCUUCCAAUCUCUUCAGAUGUGCUAACCUUUGCAUCUUCUGUAAUUAAUACUGGUGAUUCCUCUAUGAAGCACCUUGCCAGAAGUUAGGACAAAAAAGGGGCAAACACUUGGGGAAGAUGGAUUAUUUAUGUACUGCCCUGAAUAAUUACCACUUUUGAAAAAGCCAGCCACAGGACAGCAUUCACAGAUUUUCAACAUGCUCUGGGGACACUGAAAUAGGAUGUCUGUUCCAUUUGUAGCAAAUGCUAAAAAGUUACAAAAUGUUGCAUACUUCCCAGAGUCUUCCAUAAACUACCAAGUAGUAUUUGGUCAGGAGACCAGUGUUUGGCAUAAAGCUGAUUAAGUAAUAUUUUAUGGUCUAUACCUUUCAGAACGUGCCAAGAAGCCAUUUGUUUGAAAACUUGGGUAAUGUCCUAAAAGAGCAAAAUGAGGGAGGAAUGGGUUGGAUUUGCUGUGUAAAUUUCCAUGCAUCCGUAACCCUGGAAAGUUCAGUAGUUUCAUGAAAGAACAUCUUUGGUGGAAUAAAUGCUUUUAUUAAUUGCUUUACCUUACCUGUAGGGUUAGACGAAAGAAUGCUAUGGACUCACUUGAUUUUUGAUUUCCAUGAAGAGAACACAGCAGGGCCCAGGAGACUUGGCUCUACACUGAGAGACUUAACAUAGGUCUUGUCUAUCAUGUCCUGAUCUGUGAUUCGAGAAAUGAAAAUGAAAUGAUUGCCUAAGAAAAUCCAUAAAUUUUAAAGUUCCUACAACACAUCCCCUAAAUUAACCCAUGUGUCAGUCCAUCCUUUGUUUUUAAUGAGAAAUGAAACAAAAAAUUUUAAGUAUAUGCUACCAAUAAUGAGUAGGUUACAAUUUAAUAUACUUAAUUCUAAUAUAUUAUUUGAAUAAAUUUUUUGAAGAAUAACUUUUUGGUGCUGAAUUUAAUUGAUCCUAAGAUAUUCAUUUUUACCACACCUUUAAAAUCUCUGACAUCAGGAUAUACCUUCCAAUCAAUGAUCAUUAAUAUUGUGGCAAAGUUAGUUCCAUGUUCCCCCUAUACAUAUAUAACUAUAUGAUAAUGCUCUAUUUUACAAUCACUAUCUCAGAUUCAGUGAAAUACAGUAAUUCUUUCCAUUAUGGAGAUUAAAGAGUUUUGCAGAGUUUUCUUUUAAAGUGUUUUUGUUUUUGCAUUGCUGGGAAUUAAACUCCUGACCUUAUGCAUGCUAGGCAAGCACUCCACUACUAAGCUAUCCCUGUCCUGAAUUAAAGUUACUUUUAUGUGUUAAUUUUCUCCCCAUUUAUGUUAGGGGGGAUGUGGCAACACUAUUCUGAUUUCAGAAGCUCUUUCGAAGUUGGCUUCAGUAGAGCUGCGCCCAGGGUCUUUCAAGGCCUUUGCCUACCUCAGAAGCUGAGUCUGGGCUAGUUUCAGGAUUGGAUCUUCACUCAUUUUUGAGUAGAAAUCACAUAAUAAGCUCUGCAAACCAGCCAUCGAAUUUAAUUUACAGUGAGGCACAGGGAUUGGACUACUUAUGUCCACUGUGUAGGGCUUCCCCUUUCUGAGUUGGAAGUACCUGAGAAAUGAGAGUAAAGAUGAGAAGGUGGCUUGGUGUCCAGGCAGCCAGAUGAGAAAGGCAUAUCCCCAUGAGCAGGACAAAAUUGGUGUGUCUAUCUUCUGAUAAAUGACUAGAAUUGAUGAGAGAUUUUGGUUACUUCUUUCCAAGUUUUAUGCUAAAUCACAUGUGAUUUCCUUCUGAUUACAGUAUGUUUGUUUUCUUGUAUCCAACUUCUAUAAAUUUGCUUUUAAA